UAAAAUGGCUCCAAAAGAAGGAAGAUGCUGUUUUGGGGCUGUAUCCCUAAGGCUUCUCUUCUUGUUCACCCUGGUUUCAAUCUGUGGCUGCAAGACUAUGCGUUAUAGGACUUAUGAAGAAGACGAGCCUGGCACUGUUAUAGGGACAUUAGCCGAAGACAUGCACCUUAACAUACCAGGAGAAGGAAGUUUCCGUCUGAUGAAGCAGUUCAACAGCUCCCUCAUCCACGUCCGGACCAGUGAUGGGCAGCUGAGCAUCGGGGAGAGGAUAGAUCGGGAGCAGAUUUGCAAACAGUCUCUUAAUUGUAUCCUAGCCCUGGAUGUGGUCAGUUUCUCCAAGGAGCAAUUCAAGCUGAUUCAUGUAGAAGUUGAGGUGAGAGACAUUAAUGACAACAGCCCUCAAUUCCCGAACCCGGAGAUACCUGUGGAGGUGUCUGAAAGUGCUGUUGUUGGCACCAGAAUCCCUUUAGAAAUAGCCAUGGAUGAAGAUGUUGGGUCAAACUCUAUCCAGAGCUUCCAAAUAUCAGUUAAUAGUCACUUUAGCAUCGACGUGCAGACCAGGGCUGAUGGGGUGAAAUAUGCAGACCUGGUGCUAAUGAAAGAGCUUGACCGAGAGAGACAGUCUUCCUACACCUUGGAACUGGUGGCCAUGGACGGGGGAAGUCCAUCUCGCUCUGGCAGCGCCGUUAUUAAUGUUAAGGUGAUGGACUUUAAUGAUAACAGCCCAGUAUUUGAGAGGAACACUGUUAUUGUGGAGCUUAUGGAGGACGCCCCUCCAGGAUUCCUCUUGCUGGAUUUAAACGCCGCUGACCCCGAUGAAGGUGUGAAUGCAGAAAUUGUGUAUGGUUUCAGUACUCAGGUGUCUCAGGAGGUUCGACAGCUAUUUAAAAUCGAUCCAAAAUCCGGUCGCCUAACUCUUGAAGGUCAAGUUGACUUUGAGACCAAACAAACCUAUGAGUUUGAUGUACAAGCUCAGGACUCGGGUGCCAAUCCUUUAACUGCUACCUGUAAAAUCAUCGUGCAUAUCAUUGAUGUGAAUGACAAUGCCCCGGAUAUAAGCAUCACCCCUCUCACUUCCAUCAGCUCAGGAGUCGCUUAUAUCACCGAGGCUGCUGCUAAAGACAGCUUUGUAGCGCUGAUCAGCACCACGGACAGGGACUCCGGUCCGAACGGGCAAGUUCACUGCACUCUCUAUGGACACGAUCACUUCAAGCUGCAGCAAGCUUACGAGGACAGCUUCAUGAUCGUCACCACUUCUCCUUUAGACCGGGAAAAGAUAGCCGAGUACAACCUGACUGUGGUCGCUGAAGACCUUGGGUCCCCUCCUUUCAAAACAAUCAAGCAGUACACCAUCAGGGUAAGUGAUGAAAACGACAAUGCCCCUGUUUUUGCCAAACCAGUAUAUGAAGUGUCUGUACUAGAAAACAAUGCACCAGGAGCGUAUAUCACCACAGUAGUUGCAAGAGACCCCGAUCUUGGUCACAAUGGUAAAGUCAUUUAUAGACUGGUAGAGACAGAGAUUAUGGGUGCACCCAUUUCUACAUACGUAUCUCUGGAUCCAGCUACGGGGGCUAUUUAUGCACUAAGAACAUUUAACUAUGAGAUUCUCAAACAGCUAGACCUGAGGAUCCAGGCGAGUGAUGGAGGCUCCCCGCAACUCACAAGUAGCGCCAUCAUUAAAGUCAAGGUGGUUGAUCAAAAUGAUAACGCACCUGUCAUUGUUCACCCAGUGCUAUCAAACGGAUCUGCAGAAGUUGGGGUCCCUUCUAGAGCACCUCAUGGCUUCCUGGUCACCCAGAUAAAGGCUAAAGAUGCAGAUGAAGGGAUUAAUGCUGAGUUUACUUUCAACCUUUCCGAAGAAGGCAGGAAUAUUUUCAGUAUCAACAAACAAACUGGGGAGGUUGUCCUUAAUGCUGAUAUCAGUGAAGCGGUGGGUCAGGUCUUCAGAACUCUGGUUACUGUCACUGAUAGUGGCAGACCACCCCUUUCCACUACAGCCACUAUCAAUUUCCUAGUCACAGCUGCGACCCCUCCAAUAAACCAUGAGGUCAUGCAGCCAAGUUCUUGGGAGGAGAAAGUUUCCCACUGGGAUAUCCCCUUGAUCGUUAUCAUUGUCCUUGCUGGAAGCUGUACCUUGCUACUAGCGGCCAUCAUCACCAUUGCAACCACAUGCAACAAACGCAGGAAGGAAAAUAAGGCUGACAGUAAGAAUCAAAGAGACAUCUCUGAGCUGGAGAAAGGAGAGCAGGAUGAUGAUGAACUUAUUGACAGUCAGAAGGAGAACCUUUUUGAUGCCAGACCUUUCCCUACAAGCAACCCACCUUUCACUGGGGCAGAAGCUGCAGCCACCCCAGAGGUGCCCAGUACAGAAGAGAGCUUCGGGUCCUGUCUAUACGAUUCCCAAAAGAGGCUGCGUACAACCAAUAACGAGAACUAUGCUCCAGCUCCUGGUUACGGGAAGGAAACGGGAGCGACUGUGACGGUUUGGAAAGGGCAUUCAUUCAACACCAUAUCCAUCCGAGAAGCGGAGAAAUUCAGUGGCAAGGACAGUGGCAAGGGGGACAGUGACUUCAAUGACAGCGACUCUGAUAUCAGCGGGGACGCCUUGAAGAGAGACCUCAUUAACCACAUGCAGACCGGAUUAUGGGCCUGUACCACUGAGUGCAAGAUACUAGGACAUUCAGAUCGUUGCUGGAGUCCAUCUUGCGGUAGACCACCAAAUGCCCACUCUUCCACCAUGCACACGGGCCAGCUCUCUGUAUCAAGUUUUUGUAAAAGCACGUCCCUUCCCCGCGACCCACUACACAGAGAUAAUUAUUACCAAUCUUCUACAGCACAAGCACACCUGGCAAAAACAGGUGUCCUGCCCAGUGUGUAUGAGAAAGCGGUACCUAAAGACUAUGAAAGCAGGACAAUAAAACUUAUUUCCCCUCCAAGGUCUGGCAGACUUCCUGACCUGCAGGAAAUUUCAAUGCCACUUUACAAAUCCCCAGGUUCCACCAGAUAUGUGGCCCCAAGUGACAGUACCUGUGAGCAGGACGAACUUUAAACACAGAUAAA